AUGGCGGCGAAGUCGGACGGCGUGUUGGGGGUCGGCUCUGGUUUCGCCCAGCUGCACAACAUGGACGAAGCAGCAGCUGCGGCGGUGGGGGAAGGCAGGGGAGAUGGGGAUCCCAGGGAGAGCAGCUCCAUCCACAUCUGUCACUGCUGCAACACGUCUUCGUGCUACUGGGGCUGCAGGAGCGCCUGUCUGCGGUCCCUGUUGGGAAAGGGGAAUGGGAAGGGAACUGGAGGGCUGGGGGGACUUGGGGGCCAAGGGGAGGGUCAGGGAAAACAGCAGCCAGCGAAGGGGGACAGGGCCUGGCUAGACUGCUUGUGGAUAGUGUUAGCCCUGCUGGUCUUCUUUUGGGAUGUGGGCACCGACCUGUGGCUGGCUGCAGACUACUACACCAAGAGGGACUACCUGUGGUUCUCGUUGACCCUCUUCUUCGUGCUAGUCCCAUCCAUUAUGGUACAGAUUCUCAGCUUCAGGUGGUUCGCCCAGGAUUAUACUGCUGGAGGGCUGGGGGCGGUGGAAGGACUUAGCAGCAAGGGACCCCCGAUGAUGGGGAACACCCACCACUACCACCGCCACCAACACUACUCUACCACCACCAGCACCCAGGCGGAGAGGUUUUGCAGGGUGUCUGUCUGGAUCUGGCAGUCUGUCAUUCACAUUCUGCAGAUGGGGCAAGUGUGGAGAUAUCUACGAACCAUGUACCUGGGCAUUCAGAGCCAGAGGCAAAAGGAACACCAACGGCGUUUUUAUUGGGCUAUGAUGUACGAAUAUGCAGAUGUCAACAUGCUGCGCCUCUUGGAGACUUUCCUAGAGAGCGCUCCACAACUGGUGCUACAACUCUGCAUAAUGAUCCAAAAGAAUCGUGCAGAGACCCUACCAUGUGUUUCCUCUGUGGCCUCCCUGAUGUCCCUUGCUUGGGUGCUAGCCUCCUAUCACAAGCUCCUACGGGACUCCAGGGAUGACAAGAAGAGCAUGAGCUACAGAGGGGCGCUCAUCCAUCUCUUCUGGCGACUUUUCACCAUAUCAUCCAGAGUUAUAUCUUUUGCCCUCUUUGCUUCAAUCUUCCAGCUCUACUUUGGGAUCUUUGUAGUGGUCCACUGGUGCGUCAUGGCUUUCUGGAUCAUUCACGGUGGGACAGACUUCUGUAUGUCUAAGUGGGAGGAGAUCCUUUUCAACAUGGUGGUAGGAAUUGUGUACAUUUUCUGCUGGUUUAACGUCAAAGAAGGCCGGACUCGAUAUAGAAUGUUUGCUUAUUACACUGUUAUUCUGACAGAGAAUGCUGCCUUGACGUUCCUUUGGUAUUUAUACAGAGAUCCUGACACAACUGACUCAUAUGUCGUGCCAGCACUGUGUUGUGUUUUUAUUAGUUUUGCUGCUGGGAUAGCAUUCAUGCUCUUAUAUUAUGGUGUACUGCAUCCUAUGGGGCCACGAGCUAAAAUAUUUGCCAGCUCCUGUUGCGCCGAGCUGCUCUGGGGCAUUCCUUUGCCCCCUGAUGUUGAGCCUAUGGCACCUCAAACCCCAGGGUACCGGGGGGCCCAGGCUACGCCUACCAGAGCGGUUACGGAGCAACAGGAUGACUUAACCGCUGACACAUGCUUGCCCGUUUUCCAGGUGAGACCAUCUGUGCCAUCCACUCCAUCUGGGCGUCCUUAUUAUCCUGAAGGGCCCCUCAUAAAGAUUGACAUGCCAAGAAAAAGAUAUCCAGCCUGGGAUGCUCACUUUGUAGACAGACGGUUAAGAAGGACUAUCAACAUUCUUCAGUACAUCACCCCCACAGCUGUAGGUAUAAGAUACAGAGAUGGUCCUCUCUUGUAUGAGUUACUACAAUACGAGUCUUCUCUCUAA